UCGUCAUAUCCGUCCUGGCUGUUGUUUCUGUUUGAGGGUUUUAGCCAAACCAGACGCUACUAAAAUACAUUUUACGUUUUCGGUUGGUAACUACGGACGCCAACUCAACCGGAUGUUUACAUCCAUAUAGUUAACGUGACUUUUUGGUUUCUAAGGUUACGUGACGUCAUCAGGGUCCACCCCCCGCCCAGCUGGGGUUUCAGAUUCGAUCACUUCGGCUAGCGGGCUAGAGGUUACCAGGCUAGCUAGCUGUCACUUUAGCCACACUGCCUUUCGGUGUAAUUGUAUACCCCCUGUUUUCCAGUAAAACCUUAUGUGAACCUGAUGAUGGAUUUAUACUAGUGUUGAAUGACCACUUAGCGAGAGUGGAAGAGGUUGAGGGGGAUACGAGGCAGUGUUGUGGUCGGCUUGUGUCUGCCAGGAAAGAUGUGCAAUGGAAUGGUUGCGUCAAUAUCAGACGCCUAUUGGCCCUGCACUUCUGGCAACAUACGACCCUUCUCCCUGCUUGUUGUUCUCGCAGUGUUGUCGACUGGACAUGGCUUAGGAUGCGUGAGGCCCUACAUGGUGCCGAACAGCUGGGUCAACCUAACGGAGAGCAACCGGGGUUCCCUCCCCACAGGGACCGUGCUCCAGUACAGCUGUGACCCCGGCUACGUGGCGGACGGGCCCAGCACCCUCACCUGCACCCCGCUGGGACACUGGUCGGCGGAGCCGCCGCGAUGCGUCCACAGUGGCCUGUGUCGGACUCCCUUUGAGCCGGCAAACGGCGGCUACACCUGCCACCCGUCGCCCUGCCGCCGGUUCUCAGACGGAACCGUCAUCGAGUUCUUCUGCGACCAGGGCUUCCUCCUCAAGGGGGACUACAAAUACGUCACCUGCCAGGAGGGACAGUGGGACGCGUCGACGCAGGUCAGCUGCGUCAGCCAAGUGUGUGUGAGGCCGGUCAUGGUGCAACACGGCUCCACCAACCUGAGCGAGAGCAACCGGGGCUCCUUCCCCGUGGGCACGGUGCUGCAGUACAGCUGUGACUCGGGCUUCCUGGUGGAGGGAGCCAGCCUGCUCACCUGCAGCCCGCUGGGCCGCUGGUCGUCGGAGCCGCCCCGCUGCAUCCGGAGUGACGGGUCCCAGAGUAAGAGUCUCUCUAAUGAGGAAUCUGUCGAUCCGCGAACAGUGUGCCUCCCCCCGUACGAGCCGGAGAACGGGGGCUACACCUGCCACCCCGCGCCCUGCCUCAGCCUCUCCCACGCCACGGUCAUCGAGUACUUCUGCGGCGAGGGCUUCAUCCUCAAGGGGGACUACAAGUACCUGACCUGCCUGAACGGGGAGUGGGACGACCCCAUGCAGAUCAGCUGCCUGAUGGAUGGAGACCGCGAUCCAAAGCUGCCACUGGGGAUGCCCACGCUGUCCAUCGUGGCGUCUACGGCGAGCUCUGUGGCUCUGGUCCUGCUGCUGGUGGUGCUGUUUGUGCUGCUGCAGCCUAGGCUCAAGUCCUUCCACCGCCGGGAUCAGGGAGUGACCGGGCAGCCCGUGUCCAUCAUGGUGGAGGGCGUCCAGGUGACCCUGCCCUCCUACGAGGAGGCGGUGAACGGCGGGGGGCCCCCCACCCCGGGUCCCGAGUCCCGGGUGCAGAUCGUGCUGUCGGAGGGCGAGCAGAGUCCAGAGGCGGGCCCCUCCAGACCCUCGUCCCACCAGCACUCGGAGAUGGCGGUGGUCCACACUUUACCGCCCUCCUUCUCCUCCUCCUCCUGCUCCUCCUCCACGCCGUCCCCCUCAUCGUCCUGCUGGGCCCUGGAGCACCACGCAGGGGCCGCCGGCGCGGCCCCCUCCCACCAUAACAAGCCCCCCACCAGCAGGGAUCAACACAGCCUGUCCCUGGUGGACUCAGAUAUGGACUUCUCCGAUGAUAUGCCUUUGUUGAAGGAGGCCUGAGACUGACCGACCGGACGCAGUGCCCGAACACAUCAGAGACUGCAUGGUGCCGUUGCUGCUUCUUCCCCACACUGUGGCGUUGAGCAAGACGACGGCAGCUGUCAACACAGAAUACCCCCCCAUCUGACCGCCCGACGCACCGGCUCAAACAGGCUGCUUGACUUUCAGAAUCCCCCCGCGCACCCCUAGAGGGAUGGGAUUCCACAUUGUACAUACGUAAAUGCUUCAACAUUUUAUAGGAAUCCUUGCGUGUACUUAAUGUCUGACUCAAAUGCAUAAGUUUGAUCUUUUGGUCAAUUCGGCUUAGCUUGGGAUUUAGGCGCAAAAAAAAAAGAGAGAAAGCCCCAUGAGGGAGCAGCAAGGUAUGUAUUUAGAGAGGGAUCCAUCUCGUCACUAUGUCUUGCCCAAUGUACGUUGUUAACCUGGGGGUUAACACACUACACGUGCACCAGGAAUGAUGCAUGAAGGCCUGCCAAGCCAACCCCGGGACUGUCAUACCCAAGCACACAUUCUUUUAAUCUGUUUUUAUUUUCCCCCUCCAUUAUGUCCAGAGUCACAGGACUCUGAAGACUGUGAGAUGCGCGUAGACUGGAUUUAACCAUCUAGUGAGUCGUCUGGUCCUUUAGCCCAGAAGAGCUGGGGCCCUAGGACUUUCCUACCAUUUACAUUCAUACCCCUUCCAAUGGCCUUAGCUUUUCACUUCUAUGCACAAGCAUCUGUAAGAAAAGGAAUUCACUGGAAUUGAAUGAUGUUUUCAUAAUGAAUGUGAAUUGACGUCGACGCCUUUCGUGAUCGUUUUGUGUAGCUUUAACACACCUCGCCCCUGAAAAAUGUUCAAACUUAAUUUAUUCUGGUUGCUUGUAAAGGCUGCUCUCGCUGAGUCUUGGUUAUGGGGUUAGUAUUGAGUGUUUAUGUCCAGAUUGCUGUUGAUCAGCCACAGUUCUUUUAUUUCCUUUUCUUUUUAUGCUUCCACAAUCCUGGAAAAAGGUUUUCUAAAAAGGAUCUUUUCACAGUGCUUGGGUGGAACUCUACCGCAGGCAUGUAAUAUCACAGCUUUUAAUGUUGAUGGGAAAAUCUGAAACAAAUUACUUAUUGUUCAUUAUGGUAUGAUGUCAGAAUUCAAGUUUACGUUUUGCUUUCCUUUUGGAUUUAGCAAAGGACUUUUUUUGUUUUAAAGAUUGUAUUUUAAUAUUUGUAAAAAUAAUAACUUAUGUUUUAACUGUAUAUACUAUGUUCAUUCAAAUUAAAUAUUAUUUGAGGUGUCGAUUUUACCAUUGUUUUCAUUGUUAUUUUUAAUGCCACAAAAUACCGCAGACAAAUGUGUUUCAGUUGGCCUCCUUAUGGUAAUUUAUUAAUAAACUUUACAUCUCUGCAUAUUUCAAAGUAAAUUUACACGCAAACAUAAUUAUUAUAACAUUAUAAAAACAUGUCUAAUCUUACUCUAAACACAAUCUUAUUUUUGUAAUGAUUUUGUGAUAUAUUAUUUCAAAACAUUUACCCUAAAAGAUAGUUCUUUAUAGCAAUAUUAAUUUAACAAUCGUCAGAUUGUUUCAAUAUAAAAAUUAAAUUUAUGCGUACUAAAGAGCAGUGUCUCUAGACAUGUGACACACAUAUCCGUGUCAUGUUACUGCCUGAGGUAAACGACAUGAAGGGAGGAGGCUGUUUGUCCUCGACCCUCCAUUGAUCACACUGUACACAUCGUUCUGCAGCACUUCAGCCUGGGAGAUCCAACCGCAAACUCCUUCAAUACGUUUUAAUUUCCUCCAUGUUAACGUUAACAUUUGGAUGUACUGUCUUUUCUGUACAAGCAAACAAAAAAGUAAAUGGAUUAGAAGCAAGACUUUUGAAAGAUGAGGGGUUGAACUUGCUUGCUUCACACUGGAGAUGGUGAGAAUUAAGAAAAACAUGAUAGCACAAUAUGUUCAGCUGUGACAUUUACCCUCAAUUUUGGGCUUAAACGCUUCGUAACAUCUGAAUAGCAGGAUGAAAACAAGGGCUUCGCCUCC